AUGUCGUUUCCCGAUGAGUCGUCAAGUGGGCUCCUGGAGCAGGCCAUGGUGGUGGCGUUUCCGCAGCAAGAUCCGAAGGUGUGCCAGGUGAGCUUCCGCGUUGGAGUUCCCAUGCUGUUCUUGCAAACGGCUUCACUGGAAACUGGCCAGAUGCGUCUGGGCGAGCGGAAGAGUCUGGAUCUUCGCAAAGCAGGCCGUGUGGUGUCUGACGAGGAAAAGGUGUCCAUUCUCUCAAAGGCCAGAGCUGGACAGCCACCUCACCUCAUAGUUGAUUUACACAUAGAUGACACCACGGAAAUCAGCAUGUGGAUGCAGGCCCUCCAGACUGUGCUGAGAGGAGCCGAGGAGCAGCCGGACCCGGAGGACAAAGGUGAGCGACACAGUCCAACAGGUUCGCAAAGGCAACCCGCCUCUGCAUUGACUUCUGCUAGGUCUCACGCAUCCUCAGAAGUCGAGGAAGAAUGUGUUCUACUCCGGGCGAAGAGUCAGAAACUUCAGCAGCGAAUCGCGGGCCUCGAGGCCAUCAGCGAGCGUCGUGAGAAGCAGAUGAAGAAGCUCUUGAAGCGCUUGGAUGGAGCCAUGCAAAUGUUGGAUGCCUUGCAGGACAUGUGUGGGCAGCAGCGCAAGGUGAUCUCCACUCAGCAGACUGCCAUCCUAGCACUCAAAGAGGAAGGUGCUGUUGAUGAGGAGGAGAAUGAGGAGGAGGAGGAGGAGGACGAGGUCGAAGAGGACGAGGAUCCUGCAGAAGGAGUUGGAGCUCAGGCAUUUGAUCCCGAGGCUCCGGGAAGUGAGCAGCAGAUCAUGGCAUUGUUGAAGCAGGCUGACCAGAUGGAGCGCGCACUUCGGCAGAUCGAGGCGACAGGUGGCCGGCAAGGCACCAUUGAGGCGAUGGAAAGCGCUGGCCUGCUGAGUGAAAACUUCAUGCAGGCUGGGGAAGAGGAGGAAGGUGGAUCCGUGGAGGAGAUUCUCGGCCGCCUGAAUACCUUGGAGCAGGAGAAAGCCAAGUUUGAGGAGAUGGUCAGGCAGGCUCAAAGUGGCAGGUCCGCCGCCUGA